AUGAAAAAUUACUUAAUUGGAAUUGAUGAUGGAGAUAGCGAAUGUGCUAAUGAAUAAUUUUAUUGGAAAACGUAGUGUAUAGACUCUGCGUAUGGGUUUUCCUCAUAAAAGAAAUAAGUUAAAUAGCAUUUAAAAUCUACAUAACAAAAUAAUCGUUUUGAACUUGUAGAAAAUGGAUAAUAGAUUCUAAGGAGAAAAAUUAAGAAGAAUGGCAAAAUGAAAAAAUCAGUUCCUGAAGUAAACUUGCAUCUUAAAGGGUUGCUCGAAUAGUUUAUAAAUGAGUCUAUUUAAUAAGCAAAUAAGGGGUUCAUUUUUAGACAAUUAUAAAAUUGCCAAGAAAUAAAAUCGACUAUAGACAAGAUGGAAAGGUUUUUAAUCAGAAUGAAAUCACUACUGUUAUCGUAAAUGAUAAAUUGCUAAUAAUGA